UCCACCACUGCACCACUGCACUUGCCCUGGGCGGGUUCAUCAGGGAACGUAGCUGGACAGCUGGUGGCUAGUUGAGUUGCAACGGUUGCACUUGCGCGUUGGAGCAACAACGAAGAAGCGACUGUACCUCUCCCAGACGGAUUGGAUUUGGAGCUGACUGCCCCGCGUAUGGUGUGCUCAGCAAACCAUGUCUAAUGCUCCCUCAGCGGUGCGCUCCGGCGUCUUGAUCGUGUGGGACUUUGAUUGGUCUUUAGUGAACGAGAACAGCGACACUUGGGUGAUCAAGCAGCUGGGACAAGAACUCAUGCCCGAGUUCCGCCGCCUCCGUGAGGAGGAGAAUCUGGGCUGGACACAGAUCAUGAACCGGCAGAUGCGGAGCUUAUGGCAGAAGGGGGUAAGCGAGAGCGAGAUCAAGUGGAGCAUGUCCCGCUUGCCGGUGUACCAGAGGAUGCUCGACGCGGUGUGUCUCGCGGGGAGGGUAGGGGCGCAGCAGGCGGUGGUGUCAGAUGCCAACACGGUGUUUAUCGAGGAGUUUCUCAAGCACCAUGGGAUCCGCAGUCUGUUCGGAAAGGGAAUCAGCACCAACGGUGGCGUUUUCACGGAGGACGGGCGGCUGGACGUGCAGCCCUAUCACACCAACCAAGCGGCGCCUCACAGCUGCAGAUUGUGUCCUCCGAAUAUGUGCAAAGGAAGUAUUGUGGAAGGUUUACUAGCGGCACCGGAUGGAGGAGAGGACAGGGCGUUCGACAGGGUGAUCUAUAUCGGAGAUGGUGGAGGAGACUACUGCCCCGCGUUGAGGCUGAGACCUGGGGAUUUGCUGCUGGCAAGGGAUGGGGGGGAGGGGGGACGGAAGUUCGGGCUACGAGAACUAAUAGAGAAGGAGGAGGGCGGGCCGAUGGCCUGUCGGGUGGUGCCCUGGCAGAAAGGAGAGGAUGUGUACUCCGCCUUCGAGAGCGAGCUAGUAGGGGUACGGGAAAUGGCGGCCUAACCACGAGCAGUCGGCGCGGUUGCCGGCGUUGGGUGGCCGGCAACGGCGGACGGUAUUUAGCCUGCAACUCGUACAUAAUCAUAUAACACGUGUGAACACUUGGAAAUUUGAAAUGCCCACGACACCGCAAGUGCGACCGGCUACAAGAAACGCAAGCGUGUGAUUUAGCAGAAAAGAAACACUGCCGAACGACUUGCGGCAGCAUCAUCAUUGCAUGAACCUUGAAUAGGACGGUGCGACGUCCUUGUGUCAUGCCGUACGUGGUCGGUUCUCUGGUGCAGUCCUGAAAUUCAAGCUCGGUGAGCCACUACCCCGAGUUCGCGAACUACGAAGGCCUCGUCAGUCGGCCUCCUCCCAGCCAUCUUCAAAGCUGGUGCCUUGUUGUAGUUGAAGGGUUGAGACUUAAAGGCUACCACGUGGUCAGUUGUACAGGAGUCGGGACUAGCUGAUGACCCGGUUGACACAAACGAAGUCAACCGAAAGGUUUUUUUGAGGAGAGGGUCGGAGUUCGGACGUAAUGCGCUGUUGGCACCCAGGAUCCAAGGACGAACGGGAAACUGUAAGGUCAUCGUCGCCACUUGUCUGGCGAACCAGGAAUGGAGUGGAAGCGAGACUCCUGUCC